CAAGGACCAGCGCGAGCGGGCCCGGGCCGGAUCGCUGUCUUUGGGCGUUCUGUACACCGCGGCCGUCGUGGCUUUUGUGCUGUUCAAGUGUUUGCAGCAAGGACUGAGGGACACAGUCCUGUUAUUCCAACUACUCUGAGGGAGGAUUGUAAGUCCAAGGCCUGUCUGGACAAUUUAGCAAGACUCAAUCUCAAAGACAGCGAAGUCUAGGGAUGCUAAAUAAGGAGACAGGAAUAUGAGGAGUCUUCAGAUUCCUGCUGUAGCGUUUCACAUUCCCAAGAAAGUUUUAGCAGUCUGGCCAUGUGGGGGCAUCCUGACGUGUCGCUUCAUGUCCUGGUUUUGCCUUUAUCUGCCUGCACAACAGGGUCCAGAUGAGGCUGCUGUUCUCCGAGAGGAAAAGAAGAAGAAGAAAUCCUUGCAGUCAGAGCAACAGCUGGUGCAGCUGACACAACAGCUGGCCCAGACGGAGCAGCACCUGAACAACCUGAUGACCCAGCUGGAUCCCCUUUUUGAACAGGUGACUACUUUGGUUGGAACCCAGCGGGAACUUCUAAACACAAAACUAAAGACCAUCCACCACCUUCUUCUACAAGACUGCAAGCCUGAUACAGGGGUGGAAGUUCCGGAACCAGAGGCCGGCAUACCCUUUCCUGAGGACCUGCAGAAAGACGACCAAGAAGCCGGAAACAGUCAGGCCUGCGAAGAGCCCAUAAACUGGAGCCCAGAGACAUGGAACCUAGCUCCCUCCUGGGAGGUGGAGCGGGGGCUGAGGAGAAGGUGGCCCAAGACGGUGACAAAGGGUCCAGCUGUAAAUGGCGGACAACCACCGAAGGCAGGUGCAGUGGGGGCCGAGGCUUGGCCAUGAGGAGCACAUCAGAGAAAAGGAAGAACAUCCGGGGCCGAGGCUCUCCAGCGGGAGGCACCACUAGAAG